UCUAAUUCAACCUUUGCCUCUGAAUGUAGGUGCUUAUCAUAAUCUGUUCAUAAUGAUGAACAGCAUUUCGGGGGGAGUGGUCCUGUUGGUUGGGCUGAAUCUGGCCACCGUGGUGAACCCCAGCCAUCAGCAGAAUGGUGAGUGGACAGUGGAGAGCCGACAAUAUAUCUUCAAACUACUCCGGAGCAUCCAUCCGUGUGACAUGGACCUCAUCUUCGUGGCGCCAGAAGACUUGGGUCCAGAGGGCUGUCCCUGCUACCUGAGGACGUUCGGCAUUGCUUUCGUCUCUAGUCGCACCUUCCUCAACUUCAAUCUCUCCUACUUAUUCGAUCACCACCGACGUUCGAGAUGCGUCGCAGUCCUCCCUCAUCAUACAGACGAGGGCCACCAAAACUUUCACCAGAUUGUGAACAAGGCAAGUAAAACUUUUUUUGAGAAAUGUGGGUUGUUCUAAAACAAGGCAAGUCUACAUAGGUGAAUGAUGAGCUCAGCCAGGCUCAACAACAGAGCAGAAAUAAUGCAGUGCUGAAACUGACGCUGCUUUUCAUCUACCCAAUCCUGCUGGCGAAAAAGGACACGAUGGACCAGCGAAUGCGUUUGGAGACUCUUUUUCGUGACACCACAAGCUUUCUCAUCAACUCGGACGUGUACAUAAUUUUUGCGAGCGGUGGUGGUGGGGGAAACCACGUGGUCAAGGCCUCUGUUUGGGAAACUUACUCCAUCAAGAAGUUCCACUUUUUCCGGAGCCUCCCCCUCCCACGCUCCUUCCAGGCACAGGUCGGUCAAAUUCAUGGCGACGGGGACGAGGUCAAGUUCUUCCACUACUACGACGACCUGGGGAACAAGGUCGUACGACGGAGUGAUUUCAUGGGAAUCACGAUGGUGGCUUCCGCUAAGGAGGACAAUAGCGGGUGGGCCAUCGUGAGGCGAGUGAAUGGUAAGCUUUUGCUGGUUGGAGGCACUUCAGCCGUGUGGUACUGGGACCUCGCCACCAUGUUCAACUUUUCGCUGGAAAUCAUAUACGGCGAUAGCAUCAUUACUCUUCGGAACAAUAGUUUAGCUGGGAAAACCCUGGAGCAGCUGAACAGAGGGGAAGCCGACCUGACCCUGAUGACCGCCUUGGUCGUCGACUUUCGAGCAAAAAGUCUGACCUUUCUCCAGCCCUUCUAUUCCACGCUAAUUUACGUUUUCUUCAGUCAACCAUCGGCCAAUUCCAUCCGGAAUAUUGUCACUGCUCCGUUCAAUCUCUGGUUGUGGGUCACCAUUAUCUCGACCUGGGUUGUUCUUAUUCUCACCGUUAAACUAGGACAGUGGUUCCACGCCAGCUCCACCCAUGGUGCGGAUGGCCAAAAGGAUGCCGAUUUCGCAGCCACGAUCGGCCUUUGGGCGAUUGCGGCGAAUUGUCAAAAAUCUUGGAAUGCCGUGCCUGGCUCGUGGGCGUUAAAGCUGAUUUUUAUCUGCGGGUCUUUGUGUGGCGUGAUGGUGUUUGGAGCCUACUCGGCCGCCAUCGUGUCCACCCUUGCCGUUCACUCCAUUCCUGUCGAAAGUUUCGUGGAUCUCAUCAACUUUAAGUUUGCAUUCACGGUUCACAACAGGAGUGAACCCUUCCAGCUCAUCCUCAAGCACCUCAUUCAGUUGUGGGGGCUGAAGCAGGAAGUGCUCCGGGUUGAGACGGAGGCGGAAAUAAGUCACCUUCUGGAAGCCCAAAAACCGAAAGCCUUUCUCUCCUACCAGGACCUUUUCUAUCAGACUGCAAUCAGUCUGGGCUACAGCGAGCAGUUUGUGUGCAACGUCCUGUCCAAGGUCCAGGUCUCCGACUUUCGCUACAAGAAUGCCAUGUUUCUCAAAAAGGGGUCCGAGUACACGGAAAUCCUUAAUCACAAGGUUUUGGUAAUUCGUGAACGUGGAUUCAACUUCCGCUACAUCCGGCACUACGAGCACGGCAAUCUGUUUGCCUGCGCCACAGACCGAGAAAAGACGAAGGACUUGGAGCCGCUCAGUUUCUACGACGCCUUUACCGCUUUCCUCGUCGUCUUCAUCGGCUACGUGGUGUCACUAGUUCUCCUGCUCCUGGAGCGCCUGCAUGUACUGUCGACACUUGGUGCCUCUCGAGACCAGGGAGGAUAAUGUGGAGGAAAGAGGUGCAGCGUUUCGUGGCAAGGACUCGAGCAAAAAAUGACGCGCGUUCUUCGUGGCAAGAAAAACUCUGAGUUUAUUACGAAUUUGUUUUCACAAUAAAUUUUACAGAUUUAAGAUUUUUAGACACCUCAUUUACAGAUAAGUAGUUCCGGAUCACCUGAUGCUAAUUUAUUCUUUCUCCUUCACCAUGUCACCUCAUGUUUCCCAUGUUGGAAGCCAUAAUUGUGGCGUCUUGGCCCGGAGGAAUGUGAUACGACGUGAUCUCUUCCCCCCUCUGCGUGUAUUGGACACUAGCUGGCUGCAUGUGACCCAUCGGACCUGCUCCCGUACUCAUGUUCGCCACCACGUUGACAUUGGACUCCUCCACGGCUGCGGCUGGUUGUAGAUCGAUCCCCACCAUGUUUGCUGCUCCUGGAGGAAAUGUCAUCGUGGUCACGACCUCUUCUC